UAACCGGAUGUGUGUUGCGGUAAUUUUGUGUAUAGCUUGUCUCUGUUGUACUUGUCAUUCAGACAUCCCAGGAAUUCAACACGACUAGGAGCCAGUCAGCUCGGCACAACAAGGACAUUUUAAGUUAAAAUCGCGUCUUUGUCGCCGAGAAAGGUCAAGGAACUCUCAUUUGUUGUCAAAAUAGGAAAAGAGUGGCGGAAAGUGUCAGCUACAGAGUCUGAUUGGUGUUGCACACUUGUGUCAGCAGCAUGCAGAUGUGAAGUCAGACUCCAGAGACCCCUGCCACCCUGUGCUGCAACCCUGGACUGAGUGUCAUCCUCUUCAUCCCCUUCAUCGUCAUCAUACAUGCUCUUACAUGAAGAGGGGGGAGAAACCCGAAGGAUACAGACAGAUGAGACCCAAAACGUUUCCCGCCAGCAACUACAGCGGCAACAGCCAACAAAUGCUGCAGGAAAUACGGAACAGCCUGCGAAACCUGUCCAAGCCCUCUGACCCACCUAAAGUGGACAUUGGUGGAGCUGGAAAAAUGCUCCCUGAGGACCCGAGGCAACAGGGGCGCUGCAGCAACCCCAAAAACCAUUACCAUAAGGCCUUACAGGAGAUCCGCAAGUCCCUGAUGCCUUUUGCCAAUGAGCCCAGCACUUCAGGCCCCUCAGCCGAAGUGAACAAACACAUGUUGCUGGAGCCACCGUGCGCUGGGUUCGAGGAGCAGACCAGCAGUCGUAGUAUGGGGGCAACUAUAGACUACCUGGGUAAGGUGACCUACCAGGACUCGAUGAGGGAACAGAUGGCUGUUUCCAACCCCAACACUACAUGCCUGAAAGCCCCAGGUUCCUCUCAUAUGCAGCAGUCUGUACUGCGGAGGCCGAGCUGGAAGGGCUCUAAGGAGUCUUUGGCUCCUCGACACGGCCCCCUCAUGGUGGAUGGGAUGAUGUACCGCUCAGACAGCCCCGGCCCGCCUCCUGCCUUCCCACAGGGUCACCCAGGCAACAGCCAGAGAGUCAACCCUCCCCUGCCACCUCAGGUGCGCAGCGUCACACCUCCACCAAACCGGGGUCCCAUGCCUCCCGCUCCAUCCUGGGACAGCAACGCAUCAACUAAGCGCUACUCUGGCAACAUGGAAUAUCUUGUGCCCCGCAUCUCUCCGGUACCUCAGGGAGCCUGGCCUGACGGGUACCCGGCUCCGGCCCCUCAGAAUCAGCGCGGCAUCAGCCCAGUGCCUAUGGGCCACCAGCCCAUCAUAAUGCAAAGCACUGGGGGGAAUAAGUUUAACUUUCCAUCCAGCUGGUCUCAGAAUAGCUCCCCUCAGCCAGACUACAUGGCGGGGGGCAGCAGACAGCCUCCUCCCCCUUACCCGGUCAACCAGAGUAGCCGGCACAGUCCCACUGACCAGCAGAUGCAGGCAGGGGGACCUGCAUCCUCUCCAUCUUACGUCAAUGGUGGAAACAUCCCUCAAUCUAUGAUGGUUCCCAACCGAAACAGUCACAACCUUGACAUGUACAACAUAGGUCCUCCUCAGUCCUGGUCCCAAGCCCCACUGGCCCCCAACCAGCCUCAAUCUUCCUCUGGCAACAGCAGCAACCAGGAUCUGUCCCCAUCAUGGCAGCACAACAUGCCGGUUCGCUCUAAUUCCUUCAACAACCACCAGCUAAACGGCAGACAGGCCCACCCAGCGAGCUCCCAGCCCUCUGCCACCACGGUCACCGCCAUCACACAGGCUCCCAUCCUGCAGCCAGUUAAAAGCAUGCGCGUCCAGAAACCUGAGCUGCACACCGCCGUCGCUCCCACACACCCUCCAUGGAUGCAGCAAGCUCCACCGCCUCCUGCUGCACCUGCCUACCCAGAACCGACAGCCCCUGUUCCUCAGAUCCCUGUAGUAGCAGAAGUACCCAGCUACCAGGGACCCCCUCCUCCCUACCCGAAGCGCCUCCGUCAACAGCAAGCUGCACCGUGCCCCCCAGCGUACGACCCAGGGGUCAAUAAGCUCAACACAGGCAGGGAGGAGCCUGCUGAAGAGGAGCGCGGCGGCGGAGACAACACACGAGACAAGCCGGCGGAAAGUCCAGAAAGCACAGCGGCGACAGAAAAGGAGAAGAAGCAGAUCACGACAUCGCCCGUUCCCGUGCGCCGUAACAAGAAAGACGAGGAGCGGAGAGGAGAGUCCGGCAGAGUGGCUCUGUACUCCCCCCAGGCUUUCAAGUUCUUCAUGGAGCAACAUGUGGAGAACAUCCUAAAGAACCAUCAGCAGCGGAUCCGGAGGAGGAAACAGCUGGAAAGUGAGAUGCAAAGGGUGGGUUUGUCUUCAGAAGCCCAGGAGCAGAUGCGUAUGAUGCUCUGCCAGAAAGAGUCCAACUACAUCCGGCUAAAGCGAGCCAAGAUGGAUAAAUCCAUGUUUAAACGAAUCAAAACCCUCGGCAUCGGAGCCUUCGGUGAGGUGUGCUUGGCCAGAAAAGAGGACACAGGAGCGCUGUACGCCAUGAAGACGCUCCGUAAGAAGGACGUGCUGCUGAGGAACCAGGUGGCUCACGUCAAGGCUGAGAGGGACAUCCUGGCUGAGGCCGACAACGAGUGGGUGGUGCGUCUCUACUACUCUUUCCAAGACAGAGACAACCUGUACUUCGUCAUGGAGUACAUCCCGGGAGGGGACAUGAUGAGCCUUCUCAUCCGGCUCGGCAUCUUCAAAGAAGAGCUGGCGCAGUUCUACAUCGCAGAGCUCACCUGCGCUGUGGAGAGCGUCCACAAGAUGGGGUUCAUUCACCGGGACAUCAAGCCAGAUAACAUCCUCAUAGACCGAGACGGACACAUAAAGCUCACCGACUUCGGCCUUUGCACUGGUUUCCGCUGGACGCAUGAUUCCAAGUAUUACCAGAGUGGGGACCAUGUGAGGCAGGACAGCAUGGACUUCAGUAAGGAAUGGGAAGAUCCAGGUAACUGCCGCUGCACAGACCGUCUGAAGCCUCUGGAGAGGAGGAAGGCCAGACAGCACCAGCGCUGUUUGGCCCACUCACUGGUGGGGACGCCCAACUACAUCGCGCCAGAAGUGCUGCUCCGUACAGGAUACACCCAGCUCUGUGAUUGGUGGAGUGUUGGUGUCAUCUUGUAUGAGAUGGUUGUUGGACAGCCUCCCUUCUUGGCGACCACACCCCUGGAAACGCAGCUGAAGGUGAUAAACUGGAAGAGCACGCUGCACAUUCCCCCGCCAGCCAAGCUCAGCCCGGAGGCGUCGGAUCUCAUCGUUAAAUUGUGCCGCGGCCCCGAGGACCGCCUCGGCAAGAACGGUACAGAUGAAAUCAAAGCUCACCCUUUCUUCAAGGCCAUCGACUUCUCCAGCGACCUGCGGCAGCAGGUGGCGCCCUACAUCCCCACCAUCGCUCACUCCACAGACACCUCCAACUUUGACCCUGUGGAUCCAGAUAAACUGUGGAGCAGCGACAGCGACGGCGAGGACAACCUCAACGACACACUCAACGGCUGGUUCCGCAACGGCAAGCACCCCGAACACGCCUUCUACGAGUUCACCUUCCGCCGCUUCUUCGACGACAACGGCCAUCCAUACAGCUGCCCCAAACCCAUCGAGUACGAGGGCUACAACGAAGACGAGGCAGACUCGGAGGGCCAGGUGCAGGAGGCGGCCGGUAGUCAGGUGGCACAGGGCCGAGACCUGGUCUAUGUGUAGCAUCUGAGGCCCAUUUAGCUGCUUGUACAUAACGAGUUUGUGGAGGGUGUUUGUGUGAGUGAAGGUGGUUGCAACGGUACAGCAUUUAAAACCAUCAACAUAGGAAAGUAUGUUUUUAGGAGCAAUCAGAGCACUCUGCAGCACCAGAUCCAGCUACGUCGGGGCUACACUGGCUUGAUUUUUGCCAGAGCAGCUUGCGUCUGGAGCAUAAAGUAAACUUGUGACUGUGUAUAAAUGCCUAUAUUUAUUGGCAGUUGACUUAAAUUUAAUGUGUAAUGAAAUAGUUGAUUUGUCAUAGGGCUGCAACCAGUGAUUAUUUUCACUAUUGAUUAAUUAAUUAGUUGUUUGGUCCAUAAAAUGUCAGAAAAAGGUGAAAAAUGUUGA